AUUCUGUACUCUAGGUCAAGAAGUCAGACAUGGUACAAAGAAUGGUAAGGAGGCCACGAACACUCAGUGCAUGAUCCUGGAGAAGGCAUUGUUCAGCCCGAUGGGAAUGCAAGUCCGCACCGUGUCUGCCUCUUUCCUCGUGUAUGUCAUCCUGCUUCCUUGGGCAAGAUGUGAGGAGAACUGUAUCAAUCCUGAACAUUGCCUGACCACAGAUUGGGUACAUCUCUGGUAUAUAUGGUUGCUGGUGGUAAUUGGCGCGCUGCUCCUCCUAUGUGUCCUGACUUCUGUGUGCUUCCGCUGCUGUCUGAGUCGCCAGCAGAAUAGGGAAGACGAGGGCCAGCCACCCUAUGAAGUGACGGUCAUCGCUUUUGAUCAUGACAGCACUCUCCAGAACUCAAUCACUUCCCUGCAGUCAGCGUUUGGCCCUUCAGCUCGAAGAAUCCUGGCGGUGACUCACUCCCACAGCUCCCUGGGCCAUCUGCCCUCCUCUUUGGACACCCUCCCAGGGUACGAAGAAGCUCUUCACAUGAGUCGCUUCACAGUUGCAAGGUGUGAGCAGAGAGCACCUCAUUUAUCCCCAGUGCUGAAAGAAAAGCAGCUGCCUCCAACAGAGAAAGAGUCUCCUGAAAUAGAACACUCUUCAAAUUGAUGAGAAUUCCAGUUUUAUAAAUGGGGUGGGGGUAUCCCCGGAGUCGGUGGAGAUUCACAGACAAAUUUUUUUCUAAUUUUCAGAAGAUUUAGGAUGGAAUCUAAUCAUCGUUCUGUGGAAAAGAUGGAUUCCAACUCUUCAUUUCUAGACAUAUAUUUUCUGAUGUGGAAUGCUCUAGUAGAAAACUCUCAUUCUUUAUCCAAUGGCCAACAAUUAUAACUAACCUCUAGAAAUGCUAAUUACUACUGAACAGGAAAUCAUCAAAGCUAUCUUGGGUUCCUUCAGCUCUUGAAUUCCUUUAUCCAGAUGAUACUGCAAGGUGCUUUUUUCUCUACCAGCUAAUACACUGUAAGACGCUUGUGGAGAAAGACAAGAGUGUGGGCACAGCCAUAAACAUUAAUGCACCGAAUUCAUGCAUCCUUCCUCUUGAAAGAAUGCUCACUUUUAUACUGAAUGACAAUGAUAGUUUUAGACAUCCUGUAAUACCUAACUAGACAUCUAUCCAGGCGUAGGAUUGCAAGUUUGGGCUAAGAGAACACAGUAUAGUGUUGAAGUGCCAAAGAUCAACAACUUUCUUGCAUUCUGAUCUUACUCACCAGCAGUACGAGAAACUGCACAGAGUGCAAUAACAGUUCUAUUAAUUUUUCAGUUCAUUUGUCCUGCAAACACACAGAUGCACGCACACACCCAUACACAUGCACCCUUUGUGCUCUAAAAGAAUAGCAUUGCUUUGCUUCUUUCCUCUUCGCUAUGACCGCUUAAAGUCAAGUGUCUGACGCACACACACGUCUUUAGUGGUGGCCUUUACUGCCACCUAGUGGAACCAUGGUAGAAAAUGCAUUCUCCUAUUGAGCCUAUGCACACCUCUCCAGUUCUCCAAGCACUAAUUGAACUAAGCCUGGAUGGGAUCCUCCCAGUGGCACCAUCGCUGUGUAGUGCUAAGCUGUCCACAUAACGUACUACUUCCAAAAUGCAUUGUUACUGGAAAAUUGAGGAAGUAAAGUGUAAUUGGGGAAAAACUACUCACCAGUGACCUUAGGCAAGUCAUUGAAAUCUUUAAAGCACAGUUCUCUCAUCUGUGAAUUCGGGGAUAAUAACACCUCCGAGGAUUGUUGGGAGGAUCAAAUAAGCUAGACAUAUAUGACAAGAUUUGUAAAGUAUCCUGUACAUGUGUUUGUUAUUCUUCAUACUGACAUCACAUGUUCACCUGCCUGCUAUGAUUCUGCUGAGAAUUAUUUUCUGAUUUGUCCUUCUGUCAGCCAGUCUGCUGUUAUUGUGAAGUCACACCUGAAGUAGC